GGGAAUUUGGAAUUGGGCCAUUCAGCCAGUUAGUAGCGGGAAGCUGAGCGAGAGAGGCAGAAUCGAAACAGGAAUGAAGUGUGAGUCACAUGCAAGCCCAAAGGAUGGAGGAACAGAAAAGCCCUGAGUAAGCAGAGAGAGAGCUGGUCCACAGGGACAAUGGAGCAGCCGCACAGACAGCUGUGCAGCUGGGAGAACAUGCAGUCCCAGAAGGAGAGGUGGAGAGAGGGAGCAACUGCCUGAGGACCUGAUGGCAUCCCUGUUCCUGGCUCCAGCCCCCGUGCAUCCUGCCUGCGCAUCCUUCCCAGUGUUCAAGAAGGCGAGCCCUAAUGGAAAGCUCACCGUCUAUCUGGGAAAGCGGGACUUUGUGGACCACAUUGACCUUGUGGACCCUGUGGAUGGUGUGGUCCUGGUGGAUCCUGAGUAUCUCAAAGAGAGAAGAGUCUAUGUGACACUGACCUGCGCCUUCCGCUAUGGCCGGGAGGACCUGGAUGUCCUGGGGCUGACCUUUCGAAAAGACUUGUUUGUGGCCAACGUGCAGUCCUUCCCACCGGCCCCUGAGGACAAGAAGCCCCUGACGCGACUACAGGAGCGCCUCAUCAAGAAGCUGGGCGAGCACGCAUACCCCUUCACCUUUGAGAUCCCUCCGAACCUCCCAUGCUCUGUGACAUUGCAGCCCGGGCCUGAAGACACGGGGAAGGCCUGUGGUGUGGACUACGAAGUCAAAGCCUUCUGUGCGGAGAACCUGGAGGAGAAGAUCCACAAAAGAAAUUCUGUACGUCUGGUCAUCCGGAAGGUUCAGUAUGCCCCAGAGAGGCCGGGCCCUCAGCCCACCGCCGAGACCACCAGGCAGUUCCUCAUGUCGGACAAGCCCUUGCACCUGGAGGCCUCCCUGGAUAAGGAGAUCUAUUACCACGGAGAACCCAUCAGUGUCAACGUCCAUGUCACCAACAACACCAACAAGACGGUGAAGAAGAUCAAGAUCUCAGUGCGCCAGUACGCGGACAUCUGCCUCUUCAACACAGCGCAGUACAAGUGCCCCGUGGCCAUGGAAGAGGCUGAUGACACAGUGGCACCCAGCUCAACAUUCUGCAAGGUCUACACGCUGACCCCUUUCCUGGCCAACAACCGGGAGAAGCGGGGCCUGGCCCUGGAUGGGAAGCUGAAGCACGAGGACACGAACCUGGCCUCCAGCACCCUGUUGAGGGAAGGUGCCAACCGUGAGAUCUUGGGCAUCAUUGUUUCCUAUAAAGUGAAAGUGAAGCUGGUGGUAUCUCGGGGCGGCCUGCUGGGAGAUCUUGCAUCCAGUGAUGUGGCUGUGGAACUACCCUUCACCUUAAUGCACCCCAAACCCAAAGAAGAACCUCCACAUCGGGAAGUUCCAGAGAACGAGGCACCAGUAGACACCGAUCUCAUAGAACUUGACACGAAUGAUGACGACAUUGUAUUUGAGGACUUUGCCCGCCAGAGACUGAAAGGCAUAAAGGAUGACAAGGAGGAAGAGGAGGAUGUUACCGGCUCUCCACACCUCAACGACAGAUAGACGGGCUGGCCUCCCUCUGGGCAGCUCCGGUCCACUCUCUCACACUAGGAUGCUCAUUCGUCUUCUUCCUGUUCUGGUUUCCCUCCCCUUUGUUCUUCCAGUUUCUACCAGGGGGCCUAGUGGUCUCUAGUCUCGGUGAUGGAGCUCUGGCCUUGGACUGGCCCCACAUCACCAUGCCAACAAGACCGCAGGGCACUGAAUUCACCCUUCUCCGAAGUCACCUCUCCACCCCCUUCCCCCCUUUCACGCUCACUCCCAGAAGGGCAACCAUGACGAUGCUGGUCUUGGGAUUUGGCUUGGAAUGGGGAGUGAGAAGGGUGUGCAGGAGGGGUAUGGCAGUGGUGGGCAUGAGGACUCCAAGGUGGGCAAGAGGGCGCAAGACAUAGGAGAUGUCUGGAGUCCCAUUGGCAGCAUGGUUCUGGCAGCUAAAAGAGAAAGAACAAUGCAGAAGGUCCCCCCUUCUGGCUGGAGGGGCAGAACUCUGGAUAGAGUCCCAAUGCCUUUUCGGAGUUUGGAACCACCAGAGACCUCUCCUCCUUCAUCCUUGCGCAGGUCCCUGCAUCUUAUAGUGGCAUUGGCGAGGACCCAUAGAUGCCAGAGUACAGACAAACAGUGGGUUGACUUUCGUACCAGCAGAUAUCUGGGCUGAGGCAAGCUGUGUGAACUAGCCAAGUACAUUUUGGUGUUGUCGGGACGUGUCACCUUAGCUACUGUGUGCUUUACAUGUGUGGACAUAGCUGUAUACACACAGAGAUGGAGGGAGAGGGGUCUUCAGCAAGCGGUAGCCCCCAACAGGGGAGCUUUGGGGGGGGGCUUUCAAAGUGGGGCAGGGAGUGGGAAGAUGAGAGUCCACCGUACUUCUCUUCCUUCAUGGACUUAAGAUGAUCACCAGGAGGAAGGCUGGAGAGCCAGAGGCAGCUGGACCACCAUCCCCCCCGCCCCUUCUUCCUGCAGUUCUCCAGGGCUGCUGGGCUGGGCCAGCCUUGCAAGGUGGGAGAGAGAGAGCCUGAGGCCACCAUGCCCUCUGUCAAAGGGGGUCCUUCUCCAGUAGGUGACAGGCUCCUUCAGGAUGUUCUCCCCCAAAGGGAAGGAAGCUGCUUCUUUUUUUCCCCCUUGGACUUCAGAAGUUCCCAGUGUCAUGGGUACCCUGUACCUAUCAGGUGAUGUUGGCGUGAUAGAGACCUGGGACAUUUCUCAGGGAAACAGGCCAGACAGCUGAUAAAGUAGAAAGUGUUAAAAGGCAUCCAUCCUCCUUGUCUGGUCUUUGAUGCUAACUUGCUGUGCAUCCUUGGACAAGUUUCUUCCUCUCUCUGGGCCUCAGUUCCUCACUGGAAAACCAAGGAGUUUGACCAUAUGAUCUCAAAAGGCCUAUGAGCUCUGGCUUCUGAGACUGUGAGCACGAGAGCCUCUGGUGUGCUGGGUGGAGCCGGGGCUGCUGACUGCUCUCGCCUUCAGACCUCAGAGGGCAGGGCCCAGCCCAGCACCUAGUUCCUCCCCCAGGCCUAGGAAGCAUCCUUUUUGGGCUCCAGGAAGUUGCCUGUUGUUGAGCUGGGGCCAUAGAUAUAACAAGGAGGGACUGAGCUGUGUUUGCUGAGGCUUGGGCGGGGGGCUUGUGGUGGCACCUCUAGGACAUUACAGCCCUGCCCCCCAGGAUUCAGACACCCUGAAGUUUACUCAGGCAAAUACACCAAUUAGCAAGACAAGGGGAUCUCUUCUCAGUUUUUGCUCCUUUCUGUCUCAUUCCCACAUUUGCCUGCAAAGGGAGACAACAUAAUUUUAUUAUACAAGUUGGAUUGGAACUUUUUUUAGCCUGGCACAUCUGGCAUUGGGCUGUGCAAUCAUCUCCCAUGGUGAAAUGACCCAGUCACCUGGCCCUGCACCUUGUAAUCUCAUGAACACCCCAUCCAAGGGACCCCCUUCCCAGGUCAGAACUUCACACAGGGCAGUCACACUCCUCUGGCCAGUCUGGGGUCCUACCUGCAAGUAUCCCAGGUGUGCAGCUCCUGCUAGAGCUGGCUGGGGAGUUUGUGCCCCAUCUGGACAACUGUAGAGGCAUGGAAUGCUGGAAUAGCAGAUGGCAAGCAUAUGCCUUCCACUGUCUGUCUGGAAGCUGAUAGGAGACCUUUUGUGUUUGGCAUAACUGGUCUGCUGGCCUCUUCCUCUAUCCCUAACAUGUGCACACAGAAGAUUUGCCAGGCUGGUUUCUUGAGCUUCUUCCACCUCAACAUCACACUCACCUUUUGGGUUUAUCCCAGUGUUAACUGCAGUUGUCCCAGCUUUGAGGAAGCAGCAGAGCCCCUUCUGUCUUUGCUAUCUUGAACCAAGACUACAUAUGGCAGUGGUUAAAUUCAACUGAAUUCAGCCUAACCAUCCUUUGCUGACAGUUUCUCUGCUGUUUGCCUAGCACUGGAGACAGAGAUGGGCUGUCCUUAGGAAGCUCACAGCCAGAGGGAAGUUACAAGGUAAAGUAAGAAGAGGGCCCUUGCAUUUAAGGCUCCAUGGCUGCUCCUGGUCCAUGCCAUGCCUUGAUGUGAAUUAGAACCCAGUACCACCUCCAGAGGUAUUUGGACCCAUGCUAGAAUGACAGCCUUGUGGGUUGUACAUGCGUUGGAUUUUGGUGUCACUUGUCCCUUGGCCAGGUAUGCUGCUGUGGAGCCUUGCUGCAGUGCUGUGGGACAUAGGGUGAAGUGUUUCCUUGUCAUCUUCCUGGGGAGGAGGACCCAGGUCAUCAUUCCUGAUACCUCAGCUCUGCUAACAUGACUGAGUGCUUCUAUGUAGGGCUUCUGCAUUCUAGAGUCAACCCAGCCAGAUGACAGCCAAUUCCAUUAGGGGUAGGAGAGCCUCACUGGGCCCCAGAGCCACAGUUUUUGACUUUUUGUUGACUGUGGCAAACCAGCAACCCCGCACUGGUACUUUACAGUGGGCCAUGAGGGGGCCACAUUGAUACCAAUCUGGGAGGAAGAACUUGCUUUGGGUAAGGACUAGCUGGACUUGCUCAGCACCCCAACCAAGAGAAGCAUUCAGUCCCUGGGAAGAUAAGGACUGAGUUAUUUGGCAGGGCCCCAUAGCCUCUUCAGCCAUAAAGCCCAGACAAGCAAGAGCGGACUCACCUGGGUUUUAGUUUGCUUGAGAGAACAGCUGACAGCUGGUCCCACACGAUGCAGUGAAAAGAAUGUUUCUUUGGAAGUCCCCAGUGCCACCUCUCAGUCCUGGCUGUCAUCAACCAGCUGGGUGGCCUUGAGCAAGUGACUCAAAUUAAUAGGCUCAGUUUCCCUAACUGAACUGAAACAAUAAUCCUUUCCCUGCCUGACUCAGGCAUUGUGGUGAGGCCCAGAGGAGAUGGAAAUCAGUGGCCACUUUUCUUUUAAGUAGCCUGGGUGUGGCCCUCCAAGUACAAGGGCAUAGCCCAGGGUCACAGGAAUGUUGCUGUGGUCUGAGCCCUCUUCCCACCAGUCUUCCUCUCUUUCCCCACUUCUCACAUAGGUAGAUGUCAACCAGAAUGAGAUUCAGUCAAUUUGGCCUUGGUGACCCAGCUGAGAGGGAAAUGUGGACACUACUCAGAACUUCCAAGCCCAAGGACAGGGGUCCAGGAUUCAAGACAGAGAGAAGACGUGGAUGUUGUCAGAAACUGGAGGACAGGCCCUCCCAGGCCUGGGCCAUCCAUAUUCCCCACUUCUCACCUCACAGAGGUCAAGAAGCCUUGGCCAUGACCCCAGGUCAGGGAGCUGACUUCGUCAUUGCUCCAUCAAAGACAUCCAAGGGUGAGGGGAAAUAGAAAAUGCCUGUUCUUUCCCUUUAGAGUAUAAAGACCCACCCAGGAUUAACCAGAGCAACAAUAGCUUCUUGGUGACACUUGGGAGGGCCUCAGGCCCCAAAUGCUCAGGCCUCUUGGCCUAAGAGCCGAGUCCUGGUUGAUCCAUCCCUGAUGGUUUUAGCUACUCAGAGAGGCAGUUCUUUCCUGCCAGUGACUAGGGCCUGGACAUGCCUCCAUCCAGGAGGAAAGGGGAGGCUGCCAUCUUGAAUUCUUAUAGGGUCUCAUGGACACAGGCCUGUGCCUGUUCUGAUAUUUUUCUUUUUAAACUCAAUAAGGACCAAAAGAGACUUCCCUGAUCCUCACUCAUUUAGCCUGCCUGGAGCCUGCAUUCUGCCACCAUCUUGGCCCUGGCAGCUCCACCACCUUUGCCCUUCCUCCUGGCCGGAAGCAGUCAACUUGUGGGGCAGAUCCCCACCUCCGCCUUGCCCUGUAGGGUCAUGGCACAGCAGCUUCCAAGGGAGACCUGCAGGAAGGGGAGCACCUUACCCCAACACUCUCCCAACUUGCCCCCCAAAGAGAAGUCAAAGCACAGGUCCCUGGGACCCAUGACCUGCAGAUGCUCUGUCAUAGUAGUUUUCCAACCAGGUACUGUGGAACCCCUGGAAUGCCACAGAGCUUUGUCAGGGGAUGCUCUAGGGGAGAUGGGUGGAGGCAAGCAAGGGCUGAGUCUGCAGCUCUUUCUCCAUUUCCACUUCCCCCAGAACAGCUCUGCUUUUAUCUCUUGCCUACUGAGGUUUCACUUUCAAACUUUGUUUUGAAGAAAAACUUCAAACCACCAUUCUGAGGUUUGAUCUUAGACCAGCAAGCACAGGUUCUAUUCUUGCUUUUCAUGUUGGAGCAGCUUCAGCAUUGCAAUACAAAGUGUCUUUGUAUUUGGCAGCAUACAAGAGGCAGGUGCCUCCUAAACUUGGGCGAGGUCCUGGCCUGUGACAGUGUGUAGAGCCCUUGGGGGAAGCAAGGGGACAGCAGCCCUCCGGGCAUCUGUGCUCAGUGUCACUGAUGCUUCAGGGCUGCCUCUUGCUACAGAGUGGGAGGGAGCCAAUGUAUGUGUCCUGGGCAGGAGGGAGGGGUGGCCAGGGCAGACUCCAAGUCUGCGGCCUUUCUGUGAAGUGACUAUUCUGUGGCACUCAUUCCUGGGUCACCUCCAGGGUAAUCUGUUGUACCUGUGGCAUCCCUUAUUCUAUCAGAUAAGUUAUUAUAGUUUAUUCGACUCCAACAGGACAAAUAAACAAAAGAACCAUAAAUAGGAGGCCAUUAAAGGUCUUUUAUAACAGAA